AUGUCCAGACCUCACACCUCGGCCCACGCUGCGCCGCCUUCAAACCUCCUCCCACCUCAAGCGGCGGAGUCGAAGCGCGACCGCAAGCGACGCGAAACUGUCAACAAGAUAGAGCUUCUCCACAGCACAAGCUGGCAGCACCGUGACGAGAAAUUCUCCCAACAAUACAAGGAGUACCACAACGAGAACAAGGCUGUCAACACUCAGCCGCCCACGUCGCAGAAGUACCUUCUCCGCCUGUACCCCAAGUCUAUCGAGCGCGACGCGUUCCUCCAAAGAUCGGAGACGCAUUACGAGUACGCAUCUGAGCAGGCAGAGCGAAUGUACAAGAGCGAACGAGCUCAUAUUGAGCAGCAGUACUGGGAGGCUCGCGACCAAAUCCGGUCACGGCUACUUGCCGCCAUGGACGAACGUCGGCGCAAGCUCACGGCGGAGAAGGAAGGAGGGGACAUCGUUUCUGAGGCACUUCUCGAGGCACAGACUCGCCCGCGUCCACGCCGCGCCCCGAUCAUCAACCGUGCUGAGCCUCGCUCGGUAUCAUCGCGCACUGAUACGCCGCUCAACCUCCGCAGCGGUGGUGACUCGGGAACGUCGAGCCCCCCGGAGGGGCCCAAGAACAGUGACGACCUGAUGCUCCACAACUUACUGGCCCCACAACUCGCUGUUAUCAACACGGACGAUAUCCUCAGCCGGGAUUCAUCCGUGCUGACAGUCAAACCACCACCAAACGGCUUCCAGGCCAGCAUGCAGAGCACGAAGCGCGGGCGAGGCAAGGGUGCAGAUGGCGACAAAGAGGCUGGAACGGCAGCAGGCACCGGCACCGGCUUGGCGAAUGCCAGCGGGCCAGCGGCGGCGCAGGCCACAGCUGGUGGGAAGCGCACAGCGACUGUCCAGUCUGGAUGGGUACUUGGCAAAGCCCUCAACGACAUGAAGAGAAUGGAGGAGGCCACGAUCCUUGAACGUGAGAGCGACUGGAGCCGGAUCCAAGGUUCGCAGACGGGUCGCGGCCGGCGUGCUCGUGGCGACUAG